AUGCCAUUAACUAGUGAAAAAACUCAUUGUACAUUUAAACAGAAUUCAAUCGAUCCUCAAAUAAAAGUUAAUUAUGAAUUAUGGCAAGCUGUUUUACAAAAAGAACUUGGUCCUCCACCAGAAAAUGGAGUAAGAACACAUUGUUGUGCAACAUUUGUUGUUAAGAGACAAGCUAUUCUUGCUCAUCCAAAAAAGUUUUAUUCAAAUAUUAUUGAUUAUAUUCUUGCUAAUCAACAAUCAGAUCAAUUGACAGGUAGAACACUUGAAUAUACUUGGCAUAUGAUUUUUGGUCAACCAGCAUAUAUUAACUAUAGAACAUGUGAUGUAUUUGUUUGUGAUUCAAGAGGAAUUAUUUCUGUUGCAUUGGGUGAUAAAAAAAACACUCAAUAA